GGAUCCCGCGCGGCAGCAGAAGGUGGCGGCGGCGGCGGCGCAGCAGCAGCGCGGAGCCCGGAUCGAAGGCGCCCCCCACACCCACCCCCCCCUCAUCCUCCUCGAGACAGACAGAGAGAGAGAAGAUGCCGCGAGAGAUCAUCACCCUGCAGCUCGGGCAGUGCGGGAAUCAAAUCGGGUUUGAGUUCUGGAAGCAGCUGUGCGCCGAGCACGGAAUCAGUCCCGAUGGGAUCCUGGAGGAUUUUGCUACGGAGGGCACGGACCGCAAGGACGUUUUCUUCUACCAGGCUGAUGAUGAGCACUACAUCCCUAGAGCUGUGCUACUGGACCUGGAGCCACGCGUCAUCAACUCCAUUGUAAACUCGUCCUACGCCAACCUCUACAAUCCUGAGAACAUUUAUCUGUCAGAGCAUGGCGGAGGCGCCGGCAACAACUGGGCCAGUGGUCACUCCCAGGGUGAAAAAAUCCAUGAGGAGAUAUUUGAUAUUAUUGAUAGAGAAGCUGAUGGCAGUGACAGCUUGGAGGGGUUUGUGCUGUGCCACUCCAUUGCAGGGGGAACAGGCUCAGGCCUGGGUUCAUAUUUGUUGGAAAAACUCAAUGACAGGUUCCCAAAGAAGUUGAUCCAGACAUACUCUGUGUUCCCGAACCAGGAUGAAAUGAGCGAUGUGGUGGUGCAGCCGUACAACUCCCUGCUCACGCUUAAACGACUCACUCAGAAUGCCGAUUGUGUGGUUGUGCUGGAUAACACAGCCCUAAACAGGAUAGCCACAGACAGACUGCACAUACAGAAUCCUUCCUUCUCUCAAAUCAACCAGCUGGUGUCGACUAUCAUGUCUGCGAGCACCACCACUUUACGCUACCCAGGCUACAUGAACAAUGACCUCAUCGGCCUCAUUGCCUCCCUCAUUCCAACCCCCCGUCUGCACUUCCUCAUGACUGGCUACACACCCCUUACGACUGACCAGUCGGUGGCGAGUGUGCGCAAGACAACGGUUUUAGAUGUAAUGAGAAGACUGCUGCAGCCCAAGAAUGUGAUGGUUUCCACUGGCCGUGACCGCCAAACCAACCACUGCUAUAUUGCCAUUCUCAACAUCAUACAGGGAGAAGUAGACCCAACACAGGUGCACAAAAGUCUGCAACGGAUUCGGGAGCGGAAGCUUGCAAACUUCAUCCCGUGGGGCCCGGCCAGUAUCCAGGUCGCCCUGUCACGCAAGUCACCUUAUCUCACUUCUGCCCAUCGUGUGAGCGGCCUCAUGAUGGCCAACCACACCAGUAUUUCCUCUUUGUUUGACAGAACGUGCAAACAGUACGACAAGCUGCGGAAACGCGAGGCAUUUUUGGAUCAGUUCCGCAAGGAAGACAUGUUCAAAGAGGAUUUGUCUGAAUUUGAUGAUUCGCGUGAGGUCGUGCAGCAGCUCAUUGAUGAGUACCAGGCAGCCACACGGCCCGACUACAUCUCCUGGGGUGCUCAGGCCUAAUAUGGGCAUGGCAGCACCUCUAAGUGACCUGACAGAUGACUCAUCAGUUUGUUUUUAAUUAGAAAAUGUCAAUUAAAAAAUGUUUUUCAUUUUUGCCAUAGUGGGUAUAGCACAAACAUUUCCAGGAUUCAAGUUGAUUAUUUCAGGACUCACACUACUGAGAAGCUAAGGUCUACAUUUACAGCUCACCUUUUUAUAUUGGUGUUUGUGGUUAUAUUUGCUUGAAUGUUUAUUAGAUGCAAUGGAUACAUGUCUGAAACUGCAGUGAUAAUAUAUAAACUAGGAUUUAGGACAAUGUGUGCAUCUUCCAAUAGAGUAAUACCAUGUGACCAUGUGUAAAAAUGCAUUUAUACCGUUUUUCUGUUAAGUUUUUAACGUGUUCAAAAUGCACUGAUGUCUAAUAAAGUCCCCUAAAUGCUUUGAA